AUGGGAAUGAAAGACCCGAAGGCGGUGGUACCCUAUAGAGAAGGAAGCCAGUUAACGCAUAACCCAAAACAGUGUGUACGUGAGCGCGCGCACAUAUACUUCUGGAUAUACAUCCAUAGGAGCCAAUUUCUAGGGGGCCCACCGCCCCCAACAAAAAUUUUGAGGGGACCAUUCAGAUAGUGUGCGUGCGCGCGCCGCAUCGUGCGAUCGAUUAUGCAGGGCGGGGCUUACCUGCCCGCUCCCCCCUUAAUAUUUUAUUCCAAGUUGGCAUCCCCAGUAACAUCAAGUGAUGAACUACCCAGAGACUGGAAAAAUAGUGACACAAUAACUUCAUCUCUUCUGAGAGAAGAGGCAUUGUGAUGUAGUGCAAUGGUUCUAAAAGUGGGUUGCAAAGCCAGUGUUGGCAGUGCAAAGAUCAUCUCCAGCCUUCUCUGGGUGAUGGGCAUCUUACCAGCUUGAAAGCAGAAUACCCAAGCAACUAGCUGUUGAAUCAGUGCGCUCUUUCAAUGCAAGGGGAGGUAGAGGGGCAGCUGCCUUUUUGCAAUUAAUUUUUUUUUAAACUAUUUAUUUAAAUUGUUUUUAAUCCCACUCUUCAGAAGAAGAAGAGUGGGAGAAGAAGGGAAAGGAAACUCAAGACACCAGUUCUUAAAGUUUCAGUUCUUUUAACAGGUCAAUUAUAACAGGCCUGGUAGCCUGAAGGAAUGGCUAUUGCUAGGUGACCCACAAGGGAGAAGACUAGCCAAAGGUAGCUGGUCUUCCAGCGGAGCGGCUGAAAUAGCCCUGUUACCUUUUCUUUCUCACUACUGUAACCUGAUGGAACAGGCAAGGCUAGGAUGCUGUUCAGCUAGAGCCCAGAGACAACUGGUCUCUCAGAGCAGCUGAUGGCCAGGUCGCAGCUUCCAGAGAGAGAAAACGCUUAUUCUUCUGUUUUAAUGUGCGUUCACAGUUCCUGUAAAUGUAGCACCUUCUUUUACAGCAGUGCUUUUUAGGGGUUCCUCAAUCAAAAAGAGAGUUGGAAAAAACUGCUUUAUAGCACUGUAUACAUUGCACACAUACUUCACUCCUUGACAGGAGAAAAUAUAGCUGUGUACAUACACAGUGCUCAUUGUACAUAGAACAGGCGUCAAGCCAAAAUCAAUAAGGCUCUUCUGUGAGGUCUGGUGAUAUGUUUUGCCAAAUGAUUUUUAAACAAACAAACCUCCAAGUAUACAUUUUCUUGAAUGCGCCAGGAAACACCUUUUCACAAUGAUGCACUAUAUAACUGUACUUCUUUCUUUUUAUCAUCACGUCAUCUUCAGCAUCCUUCAUAUUUUCAGAAUUUCAAAACACUGGCAGAAUUGUGAAAUUUGGUUCCCAAGUGAGAAAGUCCUGAAUCAGCCCCAGUAACUUACUAGUUGGAGGGGAAGCUGCAGAAUCAGGUAUGAAUUCAGAGAUGAUUCAGAGAGCAGAAAAACACUGCAGUAAUUAUAAAAUAGAUGCCCUUAGUGGCUUUUGAUUCCCUUUAAACUCUUGUAUUACCAGGGCGCGUUGUCAAAGGCUUAUUGUUUCAGUCCAUAACUUGUAGACUGAAAGCCGGAAAGAAGCAGCAGACUUCAAACUGGUACGAAUUAAAAAGGUUUAUUCUUGUCAAAGAGAGUAACAGGAUAACUAAAGGAUUUCAAUAGCAGCUUGGUCAGGGUGAUGCGAUUUGAUAUUCCAAAAAGGGAAGCAACUCGCAACAUUCUGAGUACAAAUGAUUAUGAUUAUUAUUAUUAUUAAAAUUUGUAUACCACCAUCUGAAGAUCACAGGGCAGUUAAAUAUUGAUUGAUUGUUUAGAAAUGCCGUGGUAUCUAACAUGUUUCAAGCUACAGCUCUUCCUUGGGGGCAAUAAUUAGCAUGCACUUUCAACAUGCAACACUAUUAUGUAUAUUUGGUUUAUAGCUGCUGGUUUUAUUUGUAUGUUGAUAAAUUUUAUAUUUGUGUUUAGCACUUGAUUCUAAAUCAAUUGUAAACUGGUCAGAGGUUUUUGUUAAUUAAGGUAUAUAUAAAUAUGGUCAAAUAAUAUAUCCCAAAUAAUAUAUCCCAAAUAAUAUAUCCCACCAUCCUCAAAGAUAGCCCAUCAAAAAAAGAAGAAAGUAGAACCAAUAGGCAGCCAAGCUAAGAGAGCCAGGAAAGGAGGGGAGAUAGUGGAAGGAACUUUAUUGGACAGUGUCCUCAGUGGGUUAAGAGACAAAACAACAACAACAAUGGAGAGAUUAGGUAAAGGAGGCAGAGACCUCAAAGAAAGGCAAAUAAGAGACAAAACCCCUCAUGGGCUUCCAUUCACUGAGAAGCUCUAUAUGUAUUCAUCAGUUUGCAGGAAGGGCUCCUCACAUAUGGGGAGGAGUGGCUACAGGCAUGGCAAAUGGGACAAGCUAGUCUGUGCAGCCGCAUGGUCCUCUUACGCCUUUUGAAUAUGUGACAGACAGACUAGUCCCACAUGGGACCCCCUUCUACAACAGCUCUACUGGCUAGCUAUUUCCAGGCUCAAUUCAAAGUGCUGGUUAUGACCUAUAAAGCCCUACAUGGCUUAAAAGGGUAAAGGGACCCCUGACCAUUAGGUCCAGUCAUGGAUGACUCUCGCUUUAUUGGCCAAGGGAGCCGGCGUACAGCUUCCGGGUCAUGUGGCCAGCAUGACUAAGCCGCUUCUGACGAACCAGAGCAGUGCACGGAAACGCUGUUUACCUUCCCGCUACUUGCACUUUGUGCUUUCAAACUGCUAGGUUGGCAGGAGCAGGGACCGAGCAACGGGAGCUCACCCCGUCGUGGGGAUUCGAACCGCCAACCUUCUGAUCGGCAAGCCCUAGGCUCUGUGGUUUAACCCACAGUGCCACCUAUUUGAAAGUCUUAUUCCCUCAUAUGAAGCUCCCCAACGUUUGAGAUCUUCAGGGAAGGCCCUUCUAUUGAUCUCGCCACCCUCACAGGAUCACUUGUGGACAGAGCCUUUUCGGUGGCUGCCCCCAGAUUUUGGAACUCCCUCCUUAGAGACGCUAGACUGGCUCUCUCUCCUUGUUGCCCUUCCGCAGGCAGGUGAAGAAGUUCUUGUUCCAACAGGCUUUGAGGAAUCGAUUGCUUUUAAUGAAAGGGCUGGUGCUAUGCUGUUUUUAUUGUAAUUAUCUGUAUGUUUUUAAUGGAUUUUAUAUAUUUAUAUAGUUCUGUUUUUUCCUGUGUUUUUAGCCAUUAUUAUUUUUAAUUGUAAGCCACUUUGAGUUGCAUCAGGGGAAAAGGUGAGGUAUAAAUAUAACAACAACAACAACAACAACUUUAAAGCCAUGCCCCCUUGUUGUAGUAUCUGCCAUCCAUACAAUUCACUAGUACAUCACUUUGUCUGCCCUCCUGACAUGUGGGAGUUCUAGACAUUUGGUACACUUGUAGGAGCUCUCCUUAUAUGCACCAAAUGCACAGCUGGCAAGGGAUGCAUGCAGUCCAGGCAUCUGUCAGCAGCAGAUGGCCCUGCUUACCUGGUGACACCCUGGUCUCCUGCUCAACAUGUGGGAAGGGUGUUUGUAAGAAUUCUUCUAAAAGGAGAGGCCAAUGGAUGGCAGGAAGGGAUAAGUAAGCAAAGGAGCUUUGGAUGCUAAGGGGCUGUGGUAAGAGAUGCCAGAGUAAUUGUUUGAAUUAGCCACCCAUACGUUUGUCUGCAGUUCUCACAGAAUAGCUUUGAUCCAGCAGAGCACUUUAUGGAGCUGACCUUACAGUGUGUUUUCAGAAGAAGCUUUUAGGCAGAGUAACUUUUUUAAAAAAUUGUUUAGCUGUUUGUUUUGAAUCUGACAUGUCACCCAGACAGGAAAUGAGUGUAAAAGUUCCAUUGGGUAACUACUGGGGCUAUCACUUGUAGAAACCCAAUUACGUCAGGCAAGCUAUGCAAUGCCCUGUAAGGAACUAUGUGCAACAAUGAGGAAAAACAAACUACAGAAAUAUCACCUUGUGGUGAGUCUACAAAAUACUUAAGAGAUUAGGAGAGCAUAACCUGGGUUUUGAAAAUACCUUUAAGAAAGCCAAAUCACAGUAAAAUGCUAUGUCAUGUUAAAGCCAAUCAGAGUAUUAAAUAUUAAGAAAGCAGAGCUACACAAUGCAGAAUUAAAACCACAGUGGGAAGUGCCACAGAACCCCACUGGAAGAUGAACCAAGAAGCAUUGGUCAAUUACUCAUCUUACAUGACUCACAGGGGUGCUGGUAAUUAUUUGUACAUUUCCUUGCACCAGUCCCUAUGACAUAGGUCAGAAUUAGGAAAGGUAAUGCCUGCCACUGCCCUGUACUGUGAAUGAGAAGCUAUUGCUGCUACUCCAUAAACCCUAAUACAUAAGCUGCUGUAUACAGUGGUCAAGGUACUGUACUGCUGAGAAGUAUUGGGCCACUUGUUGGAAGUGUCUAUAAUGUCCAAAACCUGUAUUGAUUUGCCGAUCCGAUUUUUGUUCUCCAGGCCACAGAUGCCGCUGGAAAUGCUGA